AUUUUUACUUAGAGCGCAUUCUUAUAAGACUACUUUACCCCACUACUUUAUCCAACACCAGUUUGCAAAGUGUAACGUUUUUGAAGGCGUUAGGAUGACGAUUUUCAGCUUGAGAUUUCUUCCUGUAAUGCUUUUGUUCUUGAGUUAUGUUUUUGGGCUGUUGCUCCUGGAAGAGCAGGGGAACGGCGGCGAGGAGGAAGAGCUCAGCAAAGCCAUUCUAGAGAUGCUGCACAUCGAGAGGUUUUCUACACCGUACCAGGCUAAACCACACCCCUACAUGAGGCAGGUCUACCAGCUCCUGGACGCACACGAGGUCAGAGAUUUGGGCAACUCCGAUGGAACCCUGGUGCAGAGCUUCCGGAGUGUUCAGGGCCCAGAGUGUGCUCCUCCAGGCUGGAUCUGGUUCAACGUAUCCCACCUGAAGCCCUCCAUGACGGGGGCAGAGCUGGUCUUGCUUCGCAAGACCCUCCACCCCGACCCCCUCAGCGUCACCGUGGCUCUGCACAGCCUGGUGAGCUGGGAGGAGGGCGUGACCGGGAGCGCACCUCUGGAGGAGAGACUCCUAACGCUCGACCAGCUUCCCCCGUCAGGCUACGACGUGUUCAACGUGUCCGGCGUGUUGGCUGAGAAGCUUCAGGAGGUGGUGGGGUUCCAGCUACGCUACAAGGAUGAGAGUGGGAGCCUAGUGCUCCACGAGGCCCUGACGCAAAGCUUCUACUGCCUGGGUGCCGGCUCCUCAAGCCAGCCGCUGCUGGUGACGUAUCGGGCUCGGCCGCUCCUCCGACCCCUGGUCGCCAUGGGUUCAGGGCUCCCUGUAGCACGAAGGCAGUAUCAGCCAUGUCGCACCGUGGGCGGACAAGACAGAUGCCUUCACCGACGCCAUGCCUCUGCAGACUCCUCAUGCAGCCUCCACCACCGCUACGUUGACUUCAGGGAAGGAGUCUUGGCCAGAUGGAUUCUUCAGCCGUCGGGUUUCAAUGCUUCCUUUUGCAGGGGUUCCUGCAACAUGUGGGCGUCAGGCCUGUCCACAGAGGAGCUCAGACAACAAAGAGCAAGAGAAGAGAGUUCAGUCAAAAGCUUCACCUGUGUCUCCCAGGAAUUUUCCUCUGUCGCUGUGAUGCAAAAGACAGAAACGGACGAGGUUCUCAUCAAAACCCUGAGAAAUGCAAAGGCAAAAAGUUGUGUGUGCAUAUAGGAGAGCAAGUAGACAAAUUGUAUCAAAUAUGCGUACAAUAUUUACUUUCACGUUUAUUUGUCAUACAACCUAAGGUUUUGUUUUAAGCUAAAUUUGCCAUUUGUCGUGUAGGCCUAUUCUUUGGAUCAUUCGUCACAGGUUAUACACUUGAAAUAAAUUAACUAUUGAAUGUUUGGCAUACUUACGUAUUAUAUAUGUAUAUUAACUCUUGUAUAUAUAUAUUUUUUAUGCAAGUUUCCCAACUGACUGUUUUGUGAUGUAGCCUACUUGUGGCAAGUAAAAAUGCAUGCAAAAAUAAACUCGUCGUUGGCCUCUAAGGAAGUUC